AGAUUCUCUUGCGGCGCGAGUAAAGGUUCUCGGUGAAAUGGCGCGAGUGCUGACGGGUUAAAAAUUGAAAAUAAAAAUUAUUUGAACAUUUUUAGAAUGACUGAGACGUUUUAUUUUUUCAGAGUCUUCAAAAUUACGAGUCAAGUGGUGUUGGGGUGACCCUAUCACACCGUUCUGAAAAUAAUCGUCAUUUACACAUUUCUAGGGAGUGUCAAGUUAACCUCAAGUCUAUAUGAAGUCUUCGUGAAUUUGUGAUUGUUGCGUUGUGCAUGGGAAAUAUAACUUGGCAAUUUGAACGUUAUAUGCAUCAUGUGUAAUGUCAACAAGCUUUCCAGCGCUCUAAAGCUAUACUUUUUUUCUCUACUCAUAAAUGAAAUCCUGUGUCUCAAUUCAGAAUUCUGCGGAAUUCCACAAAAUUCUGCGGAGCAUGUGAAUUGUGGAGGACAGAAAUAUUUAUCAAAUAAAAGGUAUAUAUUAUACGAUGUCAAUCCACCGGAGGGAUUUAACUUGAGGAGAGACGUAUACGUCAGGAUGGCAGUUUUCAUCCACAACUUGAAUCAAGCGGAUAAGAUAUAUCAAUGGAAUUUAGUGUUACCACCGUGGGACCACUUAUACCAUUGGAGGAGCCGAGAUAUUGGCGAACAGUCUCAAAUUCCCUGGGGGACGUUCUUCGACAUUCCUAGUCUCAUGAGGUUCAUCCCUGUAAUUGAAAUGCAUCAAUUUUUCAAAGAUUAUGAAUCAACAAAUGGAGUCUUAAUGCUAGAUCGCGUAUUCGUGCUUCGAACGGAUCCAAAAAUGUUUGAAAAUAAUGAUUUUCGAGAUAGGAAUGAGAUCACAACGUGCAAUGAAUAUGAGAUUAGGUUCAAAAAAAUAUCGGAUGACAAAGUCAAGGGUUAUUUUUGGGGAUAUAACAAUAUCACUGCCAAGGAUGUUCAGUGUUUAUUAUUCCACGGAGCUGCAUCCAAUUUAGUACAAAAUUUGGAACCCACAUUACACAAGACUUAUAUGUUUGACCACAUGGAAAUUCCUAUUCACGAUUCCUACGGCUCCCGCGACUUUUGGAGAGCGAGACGUAGUAUGAGAUUUAAUUCAGAAUUGUAUGAAAUUGCGGGGCUGUUCAGACAGAGGCACUUGAGUUCUAUUGAUGAUGAUGAUAAAACUGUACGACCACGAAAUUGGCUUGACGAAAAGGAACACAGAACGGCGAUCGGUGGUCCUUACUUGGCAGUGCAUUGGAGGAGAAAAGACUUUCUCAUCGGAAGAAGUGCCUACGUACCAUCCAUUGCAAAAGCUGCACGGCAAUUGAGAAAAAUAAUGGAAAACUUAGGACUGGAAGUAGUUUUCAUCGCAACGGAUGGAGAGGAUCAUGAAUUCGAGGAAUUGAGAGAACAAAUGGGCAACUAUAAUGUUGUGAGAUAUAUUCCGUCUGAUAAUGUGAGGCAAAAGUUUAAAGAUGGAGGAGUCGCCAUCAUCGAUCAAAUAAUUUGCUCUUAUGCCAGACACUUCAUAGGAACUUACGAAUCAACCUUUACAUUCCGCAUCCAAGAGGAACGCGAGAUCAUUGGCUUCCGGGCUGAGACAACCUUCAACAAUAUCUGCUGGAAAGACGAAGAAUGCUCUCCUCAAAGUCAAUGGAAAAUCACUUGGUAACAGAACCAAGGCGACUAAAAUGCAUUUGUACAGAUCUCAUUAUUUCCAUUUAUUGUAACUAAAUACAUUAUCUUUCAGUACGAAUAGAA